CAACCGACCGAAGAUGGGAGGGGGUAGCUGGAAAUGCGAAUGAGCUUUCGCUGCAAUUUUGGAAGUGUGCCGUGCAACAAAAGGAGCUUAGUGUCCUGUUACGCAUACGAUCGUUGACUAAGUUAGUAGGCGGACACGUUCAACCUUCUAAUCGGAACAGAGCCAGAAACGAGAAAAGCCACCGAUAGAAGAAGAAAAUAUCCAAUUUUGCUGCAGCAUUAUUGAAUCUGAAAGGAAUACAACAAGUAAGCCAUCACAACAGGAUUAUUCUACUGCGGUGGUAAAAGCAGCAGCAGAAAUAAAAAAAAACUAGGAGGAGGUGAAAGGAUUUUGGAUUUUCACACGUCUGCUCUAGUUACCCAUACAGCGAAAUGGCGGAUGGACUUGCACCCGGUGCUGGAGAGCCUGGAGCGGAUGGAGUUGUCGGCGGUCCGAGGACUCCCCAGCAGGUUGCGGCUCAGAAGCGGCUGCAGCAGACACAGGCCCAGGUUGAUGAGGUUGUGGAUAUUAUGAAAACAAAUGUAGAAAAGGUACUGGAAAGGGAUCAGAAACUGUCGGAACUGGACGACCGAGCCGAUGCUCUACAGCAGGGUGCCUCACAGUUCGAACAGCAAGCCGGCAAGCUGAAGAGGAAAUUUUGGUUACAGAACCUAAAAAUGAUGAUAAUAAUGGGUGUCAUUGGCCUUGUUAUCCUUGGAAUCAUUGUUGCAAAAUUCAAGCCAGCUGAACAACCCCAACACCCGAUGAUGAUGGCACCACAGUAUCCGAUGGCACAGAUUCCAAUGCAGAUGCAGGGUGGCCAACCAGCACAUACAGUGGCACUCGUACGAGAUACUACGUCGUUAGUGUUUCCUAAAUAAACCCUUAAAAAUGGUCACAUAAUCAGCUCAACCAUUGACCUAACUGAAGGCAACUCGCACUGAGAGAGAAAACUGACACAGAAAACAUAUGUACACAACACAUCAAACCAAUUGAUUUGGGCAAGAAGAAAUGCGCAGAGUGAAGAACAAGCUAUAAAACAUUCCAUGAGACAUUUAAGCUGUUUGUUUUGUUUUAAAGUUUUAUCCAGCUUGCUGGAUGCUAGUCCAUUUCGACAAUUUUAUUAGACUUUGAGUUGGGAUAACUUCAAUACUACCGAAAAAUAUUACAAACAACCAACUCGAGAAAUCAGUUGAUCGUAAAUAUCUUAUGGAAUGCUUCAUACACAUUUAUUAUUUUUUGCGCCGCUCUACAGGUGGAAAAGAGUGUACAACUAGUCACCAAACCAGUUCGAGGUCUAAGUAUAUACAUUUUUUUGUUUUAUAAGUCAACUUAUGAGAUUUAUUCCACAAUUCUUUUUCGACUAACAAUUGCAUUGUCAUCGCACUACCAGCACUUCGUUUACUUCCUUAAACCCUUGAACACCUUUGGGGUAUCGUAGUUCGUAGAAUUUAUACUGAAGGUAAAUAGUACGCAAAUGUAGAGCAGUUGAAGAUUGCUAAUCCAGGUGCUUGAGAAAAUAUCAAGAAAUCUGUUCUACAAAACUUGGUCCGCACCAUGGUACCACUGUAGUACCAGGCUGCAAUGGCGGGUUACACAAUCUGGUCAGAACUUUACUGGACCUUUGUAAGCCUUAAUAAAAGGUAGUAUACAUUCAUCGUUUUGUUGCUGAUGAAAAGCUUUGGCUUUCAGACUGCAGCAGCCAAUUCCUUGCCAGAUCAUCAGUUUCCGAGCAGAAUUACCAACAUUAAUUUGCUGGGGCCAUGACCCUGUGCUGCAGUCAGAUAAAACUUUUUUCCAGGAACUUGCAGAAAUGGCGCCUUACGGAACCGGAUGGCCCCCAGUCAUGCAUUCAGUUUGGUCAGGUAUUAUAACCUCGAUUAGAAGAUCAAUGAUUUGAUUAAUCGACAUGCUAUCAGUGAAUGUAUUUACGUGCGACAGUUCCAAGACAAGGUCCACAAUUUAAAGGUGACUCGUAUAAUCUUCCGGCAAGUACCGAUAGAGAUUCUGUAUCCGCAAGCCACUUACGUGCUGCCUUCUUUUCAUUGUGGAUAUGUAGUGGUGUUAGUUUUAACAUAGUUUCGUUGGGGACGAUUUUAUUGCCUCUGUGAUUGCAAGACUCUUUGUACCUUCGAUAGAACUAGAUAGGCCGUUUUUCUUUCCACUCUGUGCCACCAGACCGUUGAAGCAUAUCAUCUAUUGGUCUGAUAGCUAAAGUGUAAAACCAGUGCGUCAUUUUUGGUCUCAUGCCCAAUUUUUCCCAAAGAGACUUCGACAAGCCAUCACGCAUUUCAAGACUUUUUCCGUAGCUCUUUUGAUAUGCAAAUCACCCAGCAGUUUUCUAUCAAUUAUUACACCAAGAAAUUUGCUUCCCUAGUUUGAUAGUGGUUUUAUUAAGGAUAGGUGGUUUCAUUUUGACUUUCCUUUUUCUUGUAAAGGAAUUGCGGUGUUUUUCAAAAUUUAUGCUUAGACUCUCCAUUUUUUCCAUGUCACGUUUAGAACAGCUUGAGUACGUUCCGGAUCGUUCGUAGAUUCAGCCUUGCCUCGAACAGUGAUGACAAUGCCGACUGCGUAACGCGUCACUUCACACCGUCACGCCUUCUGGUUCAUUCAGGAGUUCGUAUAGUACCAGGAGCCACAGAAUAAGUGACAGCACUCCUCUUUAAGGACAGACUCUAGUGGUUCUAAUGAUUAUUAUCUAGCCUCCCAAUGGCGCUGUCACAGUUCGGUAAUUGCAUGGUACAACCACAAACUGUUGCAGAACCUUGUGUUCUAGUACAUGAUUUGUCAUUCAGAUGGUACUGACGCAUGUUAUUAUACGUGAAAUGCAUCCGAAUUUUCAUAUGUAAAAUACUGGCACACACAAAUAAUUCAAACAGCCUCCUUAAAGGGUGUCACGAUCUGAAAUUGGUCAAACACGAAGGUUUGUAAAUCGUUCAAACUGUUUAUUAAAAAUCAAAUUAUGUUUCUUUUACAUGUUCAUACAUCGACAUCGCUAGAGCCUUGUUGUCUCUUGCUGUAUGCAGAAGCCGUCUCCACUCCACUCGGUCCAUUGCUGCUUGUCGCCAGCCUCGCUGUCUUCGAAGGGUGCGCAGGUCGUCCUCUAUCUGGUCGAUCCACUGUCCUCGCUGUGCGCCCCGUUUUCUUAUUCAUGUAGGGUCGCCCUCAAGAAUCAUCCUCACCGGGUCGUCGUCUGAGAUUCCUACGACGUGUCCAGAUCACCGCAAACGUCCUAUUUUUUCGGUAUGCGCGAUGGAUGGUUCUUCCAGCAGCUGAUGCAACUCAUGGGUCAUUUGCCUGCGCCACGUUCCGUCUUCCAUCUGCACGCCACCAUAGAUGGUAGGCAACACCUUUUGUUCGAAAACUCCAAGGGCCCGUUGGUCCUCCACGAGCAUAGUCUAGGUCUCGUGGCCGUAGAGGACCACCGGUCUAAUCAGCGUCUUGUAGACAAUCAACUUCGUGCGGCGGCGAAUUUUGUUCGACCGGAGCGUCCUCCGGAGUCCAAAGUAGGCACUAUUUCCCGCCAAGAUCCGUCUCUAAAUUUCUCUGCUGGUAUCAUUGUCGGCGGUUACCAGUGAGCCCAAAUACACGAAUUUGUCGACCAUCUCGAUUUCGUCACCGUCAAUCCGACCUCGGGAUGGCAGGUUCACAUUGUCGUCUCUAGAACCUCUUCCUCUCAUGUAUUUUGUCUUCGAAACGUUGAUGGCAAGUCCAAUCCUGCUGGCUUCAGCCUUCAGUCUGAUAUACGUUUCCGACAUCGUCUCAAAGUUCCGUGCCAUUAUGUCAAUGUCGUCGGCGAAGCCAAGAAGCUGGACGGACUUCCUGAAGAUCGUGCCACUCGUGUCUAUCCCCGCUCUCCUUGUUACACCUUCUAACGCAACGUUGAACAGCAGGCACGAUAGACCAUCACCUUGCCGUAACCCUCUUUGAGAUUCAAAGGGACUCGAGAAUAUCCCUAAAACUCGAACAACGCACAUCACCCGAUCCAUCAUCGCUUUGACUAAUUGUGUCAGCUUAUCCAGAAAACCGUACUCGUGCAUCAUCUGCCAUAGCUGAUCUCGAUCGAUUGUGUCAUACGCCGAUUUGAAAUCGAUGAACAAAUAAUGUGUGGGCACGUUGUAUUAGCGGCACUUUUGCAGAACCUGCCGAAUCGCGAAUAUUUGGUCCGUGGUGGCGCGGAAACCCAUGAAUCCCGCUUGGUAGUGCCCCACGAACUCCCUUGCAAAUGGUGCCAAUCGACAGCAAAGUAUUUAGGAGAGGACCUUGUAGGCGGUGCUAAGUAGUGUGAUUGCGCGUUAGUUGCUCCACUCCUCCUCCCAAAUUCUGGCGAUUACCCAGUGCAGCGCUCUAGCCAGUGUUUCACCACCGUAUUUUAAUAGCUCGCUAGGUAGUUGAUCUACACCGGCAGCUUUGUUGUUUUUCAGCCGACCGAUCUCCUCCUUGACUUCUUGGAGAUCAGGGGCCGGCAGCCUAUCGUCUUCUGCGCGUGCUCCAAGAUCCGUUGCCAUACCGCCUUCGUCCGCUGCUGCUACACCGUUGAGGUGCUCGUCAUAGUACUACUUCCACCUCUCAAUCAUUCCACACUCGUGCGUAAGAAGGUUGUCGUCUAAGUCCCUGCACAUAUCGGCUUGCGGAACGUAGCCUUUGCGCGAACUGUUCAGAUUCUCGUAGAACUUCCACGUGUCGCCCGUGCUGCAUUCUUCUCCCCUAUUAACUGAUUACAUUCGUCAUCGAACCAGUCGUUUCCUCGGUUCAGAAUCGCUGGACCUAGUGCCGCUAUAGCAGUACAUCCUAUGGCAGAACGGAUCUCCCUCCAGUCAUCUUCAAGAGUAGCUGCGCCCAGCUGUUCUUCCGUGGGUAGCGCUGCUUCCAGCCGCUGUGCGUAGUCUUGGGCAACCCCGGCGUCCCGAAGUUGCGCAAUGUUGGGCCUUGGCGUCUGACUACGACGAGUGUUGUACACCGUCGAGAGUUUUGAGCGCAUGCUCGCAAUUAGAUAAUGGUCCGAAUCUAUAUUCGCAGUGCGGUAGGUACGAACGUUGGUGAUAUCAGAGAAGAAUCGCCCGUCGAUUAGAACGUGAUCGAUUUGGUUUUCGGUGCGUUGGUCAGGUGAUCUCCAGGUGGCUUUGUGGAUAUCUUUGCGUGGGAAGAAAGUGCUUUGGACUACCAUGCAACGGGAGGCUGCGAAGUUCAUGCAUCGUUGGCCGUUGUCCUUCGAUACGGAUCAUAUCACCGAUGACGAUUUUUAUGUCCCGUUGCGAACAGCCGUCGUACACCUCCUCCAGCUUCGCGUAGAACGCUUCCUUCUCGUCGUCGGGUUUCCCAUCGUGUGGCCAGUGUACGUUGAUGAUGCUGUAGUUGAAGAAACGGCCUUUGAUCCUCAACUUACACAUUCUUGCGUUGAUCGGAGUCCAUCCAAUCACGCGUUGACGCAUCCUACCCAGCACUACAAAGCCGGUUCCCAGCUCGUUGGUGGUGCCACAGCUCUGGUAUAAAGUAGCCGCCCGAUUUUCCAUACCUUUUGUCCUGUCAAGCAAAGUUCCUGCAGUGCUACGACUGUAAAGUUGCGUGGUUGGAGUUCAUCGUAGAUUAUCCUGUCAAAAGCUGGAAAGCAGAGUGACCUGCAGUUUUAUGUUCCGAGUUUCCAAUCGUAGUCCUUAUUUCGUCGCGUAGCUCUUUGGCAAUUGUUCCGAUUCGUAUUUUCUUCUGCAUUAUUCGUAACGGUUAGUUUUCCAGGGCGGCUUGUUGGGCCUUCCCCAACCCCCUGUCUCGCAGGAAGACCAUCAUGUCAGCUCUGUUUAGAGUCCCACGCUGACACGUGGACGAUACAUCAGCUGCCCCUAACAUGGAGAACAGACGCUGUUUUGAGCCGCCCCUAACAUGGGGAACAGACGAUCGGAUGGACUCACCCUCCGAAAAGAGGAGCCCUCCCCAUCCUUGUCAGCAUACGACCAUGGUCCCACCAGGGUUGGUUACCCGAUCUUUCCUAUGAUUACUCGUACCCCAGCUGGUACCACGGUACGGUCUAUAUUACGCAUUGAACAGUCAUUUACCAACCCAAUUUACAAGUUCAAUUCAUACAGAAUAAAGAAAAAUAUUUACUCAUGCUUUCUGUUUAGCGAAUUUCCGGAUCUUUUGUUUGACUCCUUCCAUAAUAUUUUUCGUUAGUUACUUUCCUCGCCCCGAAACGCCAGUUUGCUUUAAACCGCAUCGCGCUGACAACUGUCUUUCGCGUCUUCUUAAUGUAUCACUUGAUAAUUGCCCUAAUUUUUUCUAAGGAGCGGGGCUCUGGCGUGUUGUAAGGCUGGACGAUUUUAGCGGCAUACCACUCCAUGACCUUUUUUCCAUAAUGGUAAAAUGCAAAAACAGAACGGAACAACUGUUUUGCUUGAGGAAAGGCGACAGACGUCUUUCCAGGAACUCCUGCACAUACAUUUCCUUGUUGAUGGUCCCGGUCGCGAUGUGAACAGAUGGCCUUCCACGGAGGAUAUUUCCUUACUAUGAUAGCUUAAUGUGUUUGAACAUCUCUUUCCACGAAGCUAUUUCAAGUAUGCCUUGGCGUAGGUUUCGCCAUCCUGUACCACGUAAUCGAACUUCGUUAGUACUUUCAUGUAGACCUGCUGCGAACGUUCUCUGACCGACUGUUUAUGCUAUUGUAGUCACCUUUCUUGUAAGUCGAGAAUCCGGCUCGUUCUUAGCUUGAUGCACGGUUAUAGGCGACACUCCCAGCUUGCUACCGGUAUCUCGAACAGAGAGGUUUGGGUUCCGCUUGUAACAGAUAGUUACUAUUUUUGGUGUUUUUGAGACCACCGGCUUUCAAUAUUAUUCAACAUUAGGCUGAAUGGUCAUUAGGUCGAAUGGCCAAUAGGCCGAAUGGUCGUUAGGCUGAAUAGUCAUUAGGCCUAAGGUCAUUCGGCCGAAGGACAUUAGGCCCAAUGGUCAUUAGGUCGAAUGGCCAAUAGGCCGAAUGAACCCAAGAGAGAGCCAAAUAGAGUACAUAGGAUUUAGAACAAUGAUCUGUUUUAAAUGAAGGGUGAAUUUUUGCGUUGCUUUCUAAUUUUAAAGCUAGAUGUUUAGCAUACUGUUGUCAUCUUUUUUGCUGCAUAUUUAAAUAAACCAAACCAACACUAAAUGGUUCAUCAUUCUUUAACAAUUUGUGUUACUGGCGCAUUGGAAUAAAUAAAUAAAGUUGUCGCAAAAUGUAAUUACGCAACAUCGCUUGAAGUGAAGUGCUGUCCGACAUCGCUGUAGCUUCAUCGGACUUAAACUAAUUUAUAUCGCCUAUGUUUAAGCAAUCCGGGCAAACGGGUGGACCAUCGGUUUGCUUGCGAGGAACUGAUGCCGGGUCGGCGUCCUCCUCGCUCGGUGGGACCUCAGCGGCUUUGUGCUGUUUCGGUUUCUUGGUCCCGGUUACGCAGCAAAGCCGCAUUACACAGGAUUCGCAACAAGAACUAGAGCAGUGUAGAAACCGAUGGUACAGUACGUGUACUUCGUUACAUUCAAUAAUAAUGCUGGUAAUUAUUUAAUAGGGCUGGCUGGAUAGAAUGUUUACAUCAUAUAUAAUUCGAAAGAACAGCUCAUGAUAAAAAGAAGGUUAUACGCAAAUAAUUGAGAAGCAAGCAAAGCAAAUAAUAACCUAGAAUCCCCGAAAGCUCGGCAGGAUACGCUUCGACUUCUUUUCCCCCUCACAUUCGGCUUCUUGGCCUUCGGCCUAAGGUCCGUUGGACCCAACGUCCUUCGGCCGAAUGACAUUCAGCCUGAUGACCCAGCAUCUACUGGAACCAUUAUAUCUUCGUACAUGAAAAUUCACACACAAUUAGAGAAAAAUAUCGAUCAUUUUGUAACCGCCAUUUUGAAUCUUAAACAUAUAACAAAAGCGUAUAUAUAUGCCUAUAAAAAUAGUGCUAUUUACUUUUGUAGGUCAAUUAAAGCCAACUUUUCGACUUUUGACCAAGUUUUUUAAGGAAAUCAUUUACUGCGCUCUGAUUGAAAGUAAUUUGUGGAUGACAAAAAAAAUGAUAAGUUGAAAAAGAACACAACGGGAUGCUUUAUGUUCAAUAUUACACGUUUAGUAUGAUAUAUUUCAAACAAGAUUCGUUCGCAUAUAUCAAGUACUCUAUAUAUUUACAUUGAGAAACUAUAUUUACACAUUUGAAACACCGCUUCUUGGUGUGAUGAAAACUUGUAAAACACCAACUAAAGAACUGAAUGACUACAAAAUUGGUGCUGCACGUUUGAUUACUAUCAAUCUGAUAGAUGUCCUAGAGAACUGAUGUAAUCUAGUUGAGGUAGUUAUGAGAUCCCACAUGUUCAUGCAUUCUAAUUGACAAACAACUCGCGUCGUAGAGCGGUGUUAUGGAUAUCCCUCGAAUAGGAAAAUAUGUUAAAAGAACACGGAAUACAGUCACAUAUAAACUGACACAACACUCUCUUUUGCUCCAUCGUUAACGUAAAACCCUCAUUAUGCAACUCUGCAAAAACCCCAUCCACAAUGCUGCAAUCGGUUAAUAGUAUAAAACCAAACCUUUAAUUUUGAAUAUAUAUUCAGGAAUAUUGUUACUGAUCUCGUUUAGAAUGUAUCACGAUGUGCAUCAUAGUCGAAUCAUACCCAUUAUUCAUCGCGAAUAAUUCUCCUUUCCUUCGAAAAAAAAACACUACAUUUCCAGAUGCCAGAAUCAACCCAUAUUGGCCAAUAUGUUUUAAAAAGAUAUCUGAGCAAAUCAACAUUUUUGCUUGCUCGGGUAUCGCAUAAACACCAAAGAACAUGAAAGUAGGCGUAACCUGUAAGUAACCAGUAACGAGUAAACCAACAAUAUAAAUGAGGAACCAAAAAAAAAAACAAUCUAUUUAGUUUCCGGGACCUUAAAAUGAGAACGAAUUUCACCAAACACAAGUAUUGCCCAGUUUCUGUGCGAUUAUUAAACAAGAAUGUCGAACUGCAGCGAAACAUUUGGUUUGCUAUUAGAAUCAACAUACACUAAGGGCUGAAAAUUGUUACAAAUUGAUCUUUAGGGAAACACAAAUUUACUAUAGGACCCAAAUAACAAAAUAGUGGAAAAUACAUUAGAAUGCUAUUAAGCCGAUGUAAGCGUUAACGGUAGAUUAGAUCACGAAAUAUUAAAACACUAUUUUUUCAUAUUGAACCUCAUUCUUUUUUCUUCGCACUUGCUUACAGUUGGGAGCUAUUUUUACUAAAAUAGCGUAUUUUCAAUCAUAGCAUGUUUGAAUGGCAGAAAAUGUCUUUUAUUCUUUGAAUAGUCACUUGUACGAUUGAUUGACCUUUCCUUGGUCGUUCAUACUUUUCCACCUAUAAUUACUUCUACAGCCAAACAAUAGUGCAAGUUUAGGUACAAUAUCAGAAUGAUAAUAGGGUAAUAUCGUAUCGUGUCAUGAUAAUCAACAGAGUUUACUUCAAAAUAUUUCUCUGUGUCCUCUUACAAGAACGUUUUUAGGGAAAAACAAUCGUCGUUCUAACUGUUAACGUCUUUCAUAUCAGAGAGAAAAGAGCGUUGAAAAACGUAUCAAAUCGACACAAUCAAACUUUCCAAAGAUCGCAAACUACCACCGCAACAACCAGUAUUUGGCUUACUUUUACUCUAGACAAGUAUAACCUAAACUCCUUUACAAUAUCGAAUAAAAAACUAGUUUCGAAGUAGGAACAUGUCAAGCAAAGCUAAAAACCGAAGAUUUACUCAAUGGAACAAUGAUGAUUUCACUUUAAAAAAAUUACCACACUAGUAGUUGGAGGCAGAGAAGAUAAAUAUACAAACACAACUCAACAACAGAAAACAUAGCAAAAUCUUUUAUCAAAAUUGCGACGUCAUCAGCGGCGGAUGAUACAUAUGUAAAAUCAGCUUAUGACAGUAAACGAAAACCAAAAACAUGAACAAUUUUGUCUAUACAGAAGAUCAUGAUCAGAUAAUUUAAAACAUACACGCAAAACAUUCACAUGUACACAAACAUACAUACAAAUAUUUACACUUCAUUAUACAGAAUGAUGAAAACAUGAAAUUACAUUUGUUAUGAAUCAAUGUAUUAUGUAAAUUAUAUUUACUAGGAAACCACACGAACAAAAUUUUAUUUUACUUUUUUCAAAUUCGAAAUAUUACUGAAUAGAGCAAAUCAUAAUAAUAUAUAGCAGAAAAAUGGGUAAAUCAUAUAUAAAAUACUAAUAUACACCUAGCUUUGAAAAUUGUAAAAACUAUCAAUUAUUACCUAUAUACAUUUACGAACGGGCAAAAAAGAAAAGAGAAGGAGAGGAAAGCUAGUGCUGCUAUUCAAAUAAGAUCUGGUACGGAAACAAACGGCAACUACCAACUAUGAAAGACCAAAAACGAUAGAAAUGGCAAAGGAAACGGUGCCACUGAUGAGGUCAACCAAAGAAUAGGAAAAGUAAGAGAAUAAAUAAUAAUGAAAAAACAGUAUAUAAUAUUAAUGAUUAAAUAUAAAGACAAUUAACUAGUGUAUGUAAA